ACUGCACAGAAAAAGGUCAAUACGCAUGCUACGUAUGGCGCCAAUAGCGCAUCAAUGUAGAAAAUCUAUUACGAACAGUAACAGUAUGGCUUGAGUCGGCCAGCCUUCUUUGCUAGUUGGUUGGUGAGAAGAAAACACAAGAAACAUAAGGAUUGACAUCGAGGAGGAAAGCAAGAAACUUUCGCCAUGUUCAGCUCUAGCAGCCAUGGUAGCUCCAAUCAACCUGCGGAGGUAUUCCGCAAGGAUCUGAUUAGCGCCAUGAAGCUGCCGGACUCUUCCCAGCUCCUGCCCGACGAGUACAUGAUCAUGACGGACAACUGGAAACCGGAAUGGGAGAAAGGUGUCCAGGUGCCCGUCAAUCCCCGGUCUAUCCCUCAGGCAUACAUCAAGGAGAUUAGGAAACCUGAAGACAUCGACUUCAAGUUGGGUAAGAAGUUGAUUAAGGGGUACGAUACCGACGACGAGAAGGAAGAUGAUGCCGACGCACCUGAGAAGAAAGAUGCCAUGUGUCAGUAUGAUUUAGAUGAAGUGGACGUCCACUGGCUUGAUGAAAUCAACAUGACAAGAGAAGAUAUGGGCGAUGAACCGAUCAAUGAAAUGACCAUGGAGAGGAUAAUCUCAGAAUGUGAUGUACAGUGCAACAAUAACAUGGAGCAUGCAAUGCAGACUGAAGAAGGACUUGGUAUCGAGUAUGAUGAAGACGUCAUAUGUGAUGUCUGUAGAGCGCCUGAUAGUGAAGAAGGCAAUGAAAUGGUCUUCUGUGACAAGUGUGACAUCUGCGUACAUCAGGCAUGUUACGGCAUAGUGAACGUACCGGAGGGAAGCUGGAUGUGUAGAACAUGUGCCCUAGGGAUACAACCUCUAUGUAUACUCUGUGGUAUCAAAGGAGGUGCCAUGAAAAGCACGAGGAGUGGUACCAAGUGGUCACAUGUUAGCUGCGCUCUGUGGGUUCCAGAGGUCAGCAUUGGAUGUGUGGAGCGGAUGGAACCCAUCACUAAAAUAUCGCAAAUUCCUGCAAGUCGAUGGGCCCUUAUAUGUGUCAUAUGCAGAGAAAGAACAGGGGCCUGUAUACAGUGUUCGGUGAAGACUUGUAAGACUGCAUAUCACGUGACCUGUGGGUUCCGCAACGGUCUAGAAAUGAAGACAUAUUUAGAUGACGAGGCAGAUGUCAGGUUUAGGUCGUAUUGCCAAAAGCACACCAAAGCCAGACGUGAGAUGGAUGGUAUCGAUGGUAAGCUUGGGACCCCUGACAAGGCUCAUGGUACGCCUAAGAAAGAUAUCAAAGAAAUGACCCAGGAGGAGAGAGCUAAUGAAAGAGCAAUAAGAAUACAGCUAGUGACCGAAGAGUUCUACCGCUACACCAAGUUAAAGGACAUUGUUUCUGCUCUUAAUAUGAAGGACGAUGUGGAGAUGGUAGACAUGGUCUAUGAGUACUGGAAACUCAAAAGAAAGUCUGGUCACAAUAAACCUCUAGUAACGCCGACCAAGGAAGUUGGCAGCAUGGGAUCAAAUGAAGAAUACAACCUCACUGCCAGAAUGAAGAUGUUUGUACAUCUACGACAAGAUCUUGAAAGGGUGCGGAACCUUUGCUAUAUGGUGCAACGACGAGAGAAGUUAAGCCGUCAGCUGAGCGUAUUGAGUCAAGGGAUAUUCCGCAAGCAGUACGACAUGCAUAUAGCUGGGCUGGACAGAUACUCCGAGGAAGAUUUGGCAUGGGCCAUCAAUGCCGGGAAAUUUGCCAUUCACUUGCCAGUCUCUGACUCAGAGGCUACACUAACAGACACUUCUACGUCAACGUCCAAAGACUGCGACACGGACGAUAGGCUGUCCAAAGAUUGUGAUACGGACGAUCGAAGCGAGCGGGAGAACGAAGGGGGUGCUUCGGAAAGGACGGCGGAAACGCAGAAUGGUGCUGACACCGAUGCAAUAUCAAGCGCAGGAGAGGAGGACAGGAGAAAAGAAAGUGACAAGGAAUGCAACGAACAGGAAAGUGAGGAUGAGAAAAUGGAGGCGGUAGAAGCGGCGGAUGAAGUUGUGGAAUCGGAGGAGGAAAAGGACAAGGCUGUGAAAGGAGACGAUGAUGAGGAGUUUGAACUGGAGUCGGUGAAGGGGGAGGAGGAAGAGAAAGAGGUUGAGACAGGAGGGGCGAAGGAGGUCGUUUCUGAAGAGGAGGAAGGGGAUAAAAAGGAAGUAAAGGAGGAGGAGGAAAAGGAAAUUAUCUUGAAGGAAAAUGUUGAAGUGGCUAAGGAAUCCCCAGAUAAAUUAGAAGCGGAGCAAGAAGAGGUAAAGGUAGAGAAAGUGAAGGAGAUUGAGGAAACCACUAAGAGAAGAAGGUCACGGGCGAGGGAAGUGGAGGAGGAAGCAGUGAGGAAAUUGAAGACUAGGAGACGGUCAAGAUCGAGGGAAGGGGACGAGGAGAAAAGGAAGAAUAGGAGAAGUGUGAGGGAAAAAGAAGCAGAGAAAGUAGAAGAAGACAAGGAGGAAAGUUGGAAGAGUAAAAGGGGUUUAAGGGCAAGGGAAGUGGAGGAGGAAGAGAAGGAAGAUGAAGAACAGGUGGUUAAUUUUGAGAAUAAAAGAAGACUUCGGGGGAGGGACAUUAAGAAAGAAGAGGAACCGGAAGAAGUGGGGGAUAGUUUGAAGAGUAAGAAAAUGAUAGAUUCAAGGGAGGUGGAGAAGGACAAAAUUGAAGAGGAUGAGGAGAAGAAUUGGAAGAAUAAAAGGAGGCUGAGAGCAAGAGAUGUAGAGGAGGAAGUGAAAGAGGAGGAGGAGGAGGAAAAGAAGGAAAUAGAAGAGGAGGAUGUUAAGGAUAAUUGGAAGAAUAAAAGGAGAUUAAGGACAAGGAACGCGGAAGAGGAAGAGGAAAAGGAGGACGAGGAAGAGGAGAAAAAGGAAAUAGAAGAAGAGGAUGAUUCGGAUAAUUGGAAGAAUAAAAGACGGUUAAGGACAAGGAACAUGGAUGAGGAAGAGGAGGAAAAGAAGGAAGAGGACGAGGAGGAGAAAAAGGAUGGGGAUCAUUGGAAGGAUAAAAUUCGGUUAAGGGCAAGGGACUCGGAGGCGGAGAAAGAAGAAGAGGAUGAUGAAAAGAAUAGGAAGGAUAAAAUGAUCUUGAGGUUGAGGGAUGUUAUGGAGGAUAAGGUAGAAGAUGAGGAGAAUAAGAAGGAUAAACCAAGGUUAAGGGCAAGGGACUCGUCAGAGGAGGAAAAGAAGGAAUGGGAAGAGAAGCCUGUUGAAUUCAAGCAUAAAAAGUUAAGGGCAAGGAACCUAGAGAGAGAAGGGGAGGAGGUGGAUAAUUGGAAGAAUAAAAGAAGGGUUAGGGCUAGGGACAUUGUGGAGGAGAAGACGGAAGAAGAGAUAGAUGAGGGGAAUUUAAACAAUAGGGUGAGAGAUGAAGAGAAAGAAGAGGAAAUUUUGAAGAAUAAGAGAAAGGUUAGGGCGAGGGAAGAGAAAGAAGAGGAAAAGUUGGACAUUUGGAAGAGUAAAAGAAGGGUUAGAGCAAGGAACGAGGAGGAGGAGAAAGAAGAAGAGGAAAAGGAGGCAACUUGGAAGAGUAAUAGAAGGGUUAGAGCAAGGGACGAAGAGGAAGAGAAAGAAGAAGAGGAAAAGGAGGAAACUUGGAAGAGUAAAAGAAGGGUUAGAGCAAGGAACGAGGAGGAGAAAGAAGAAGAGGAAAAGGAGGAAACUUGGAAGAGUAAAAGAAAGGUUAAAGCAAGGGACGAAGAGGAGGAGAAAGAAGAAGAGGAAAAGGAGGAAACUUGGAAGAGUAAAAGAAGGUUUAGGGUGAGGGAGGAGCAGAAGGAAGAAGGGACGGAUGAGGGGAACUGGAUGAAUAAGAGAAGGAUAAGGACAAGGAAUGAAGAUGAGGAAAAGGAGGAAGAGGAGGAUACUUGGAAGAAUAAAAGGUUAAGUACAAAAGAGAUGGAGCUGGAAGAGGAGCAUUGGAAAAGCAAGAGGAGGCUACGGAUACGAGUGGUUGACAAAAAGGAGGACGACAGUCGGAACGAUGAGAGGGAACUUGUGAAUAAUGUGUCUGCUGGAAUUAAGGAAGGAAAGAACGAUUAUGGAAAAGAAUCGAUGUAUGAAGAGAUGGAGGAAAAGGUUGAGGCGGAGGAGGAAGGGAAUGAGGAAGAAACAAGAGAGGAAAGUGGUUCGAAGGAAGAAGAGCCUGAUGAAGACGAAGACGCUACAGACUUGUUACUGCAAAUCAAUGAAAAGAUUAAAGAGUAUGACGAAGAGGAGGAAGACCCAGUGCCACAUUUGAAUCAGGUCGAAGAAAGAACGAAAGGCGUUGUGAUAAAGCACAACAAUUACAUUAGCAAUCUAAGGCUUGUGAGCCCACAUCGAAGCAGAGAGUCCUCUGUUAGCAAUGACCGCUGCAGUUCACCUAGGAGUGUGGACGCAGAUGAAUCGGAUAUUGACGAUUCAGAUUCGGAACACUUUUUCAUCAGAUCUUCGUCUCCGUUGCGUCUUGAAGCGAGAAGGGAGGAGAUAUUGAAAGACGAUGUGCGCUCGGAGACGUCCUGUAGCGCGUCGAAGGAUGAUGAAUACUUGGAAGGACCAUUUUUGAGACCCGUUGAGGAUUCAGUGACUAGCAAUGACACGGAGCACAGACACAGUGAGGGUGAUCCUCCCAACAGGCCGUCCCUCAAGCGGAAAAUAUCUUUGAAAGCCAUCCGCGAGGCAGAGAUGCGCAAGAACGGCAUGUCCAAAAAGCGAAAGCGAGACUCGCACCAUCGCAAAACGAAAAACAGGAAAAGGAGAAGCAGCGAUGACAUCAGUGAUCAACCAGUGUACAGUAUUGUUAGGACUCCCACUCGGGAUUCACCGAGUAAGAUUUCCAUCAAGAUCCACAGCCCGUCAAAGAUCUCGCCUAAAAAGCUACAAUUAGACGAGGAAGCCACAAAACUGAGAGAGCGUAUCCUAAUUAGUGCCUCGCCGCGACCUAGUCUGAAAAGUUACCGUAUCCCUAAAAAAAAGCCAGUCAUCUCACAUACAUUGUCCAAUGGACCUGCUAAGAAGGAAACCCCGGAGAUCGAUCCGUUCGAGUUCGUCGACGAGCUCGACGAACCCGCGCACCAACCGGAGACGAGAAGCAGGAAGAAACUGAUCGAGGAUGAGAUAGACAGUGAGAGCAGCUGCAGUGAUAGACAAUUUGAAAACGUCGACAAGGAGGUGAGCUUGUGUGUCCAGGGGCGGGAUUCCCCUUACAAAGGGGGCGAGGAAGAGAACGAGACCCCUGCCAGUCUGACGACGGCCCAGGCAAACAUUGCAAGGGAGGAGAGGUUGAAGAAGCGCAACCUCAGCUCCAGGAUUCGCGAUGCAGCUGUACGUUUCCUGAAUUCAACUAUCAAUCUCUAGCAUUCACUUUGCCAGUGACAAUAAACCCGCCUCGUUCAGGGAUAACUGUUACAUCUCAGGCAUCUCCUGAAGACCAAAUCUGCAUGGUUUUAAUGGCUUCUCUUAUUCUUUCUCUUCUCGCUAUCUUGAGGUGGACAAGGUUUAAGGUACAGGGUACAGCAUAGAAGAAGCUGUGAUGUGAGUAGUGCUUAGCACUCCAAGAAGUUCUUAUCCGCUAUUUUGUAGUAGCUUGGUAGUAGCAUGAACAAACCUUGUGGAACAAGCUAAUCAUGCAUUAUUUUUCAUUUUUCAUCUCAUUAUCAUGGGUAAUACUGAAUGUAAUAAGAAAGAUAGAUUUUAGAAGACAAUUUCAAUGAAGGAGGAAUUAUAUUCAACAUGCAAAUAAUUACUAUUGAGUGAGUUUUAAGAUGAAAAGUGUUUAUGUUCCAUUGUUGCUAUUUUUCAAUGUUCAUAUUGUACAACGCCUGCUUAGCUUGUACGCGAGCAAAUGGGAGACUGAAUGUCAAACAUGCGUACUAUUGCACACACAACGUACCAUCCAAAAUGUACCGUUGCACAGCUUUAGUAGGUGAUGUCACAAUACGAUUCAAUUCAUUGCACUCAGUAAAAAAAAAAUGAAGGUGAAAUACGCGUAUAGCCUGCUGGCUAAAUGCGCAAUGCUGCCCAAGGUCAUGUGCACUUGUGAGAUUUUGCUUUUCGCUUUCAAUAUUUUUGCUCCCUUUUUAUAGAUUACUGCAGGGAAAAACUCUUGUUUUUUAUAUUUUCGCUAAACUCCGAGCCGUUGUACAACACAAAUAGAGAAUAUUCUUAUCCGUGCAAUGGUGCGAGAUUUCGCAUUCGGUGAAAGAAAGUGACACUAUUCAGCUCGGCUAACAUCUCGUUGAAUAGAGCAUCUUUCUUUCACCUCAUCGAAAUCUCGCACCAUCUCACUCAUGCCUAUUCGCUAUUUGUUUACUGUCUCUUCAUAAUCUACAUGAAUAUUUUUAUUAGAUCGGUGGUUCUGGAUAUGGGGCUGAAGCUCCCAUUAUGGCAAUUUGGUGGAUUUUUCAAGGUAACUCUUGAUCCCAUUAUUAAAUUUAGUUAUUUUGAAGACUUCUGUGGUAUUACGAUGCAUCACCAUGAUUUAUUCUGCUAUUUGGUAUAGAAAUUUACAUCAUGAUCAAAGGAUUGCCUCACUGUCGUGUUUGCAUAAUUGACUACAUAAAUCAUAAUGUAGGGUUUGGGGUAUAUAACAAAAUGGGGUCUAAUUAUUGGGUAGGAGAAGGCAGUGAUUUGUUCUGCAUAGCUGCCAAGUAGUACUGGUUUUCAGUAAUUAUUACUUAAAAAGGAGAAAGAAUACUGGCGGUUUCAGGCAAAUUACUGAUUUCUAAAGUUUUAGUUUAUGUGUUGUCCUAUGGUAUUUCUGUGAAAAUACUGAUUUUUUUACCAAAAUACUGAAAUUCAGCCUUUAAAAUAAUGAAAUGUUCUUGAUCAGUUUGGCAUCUCUGGUUCUGUGAUUAGGGUUUCUCUGAAACUGUUUAAAAAAUAGGGUUUUAUUUGCUGAGAUUAAAUCAAUAAAUAAUGAUUCUUUAUUAAAUUUAGAAUUGUGAUUUGGACAUGAAUAAAUGAAUGUUAUUCUGUUAAUUUCCUAGGUACUUGUAAACUAAUUACAAUCAUUGAUUUUCAUAACUCAAUGAUUUAUUCUGCUAUUUGAUUAAUAUCAUGGUCAAAAGAUUGCCUUACUAUCACACUGGUUGUUUUAAAUUGUAAUUUUUAUGCAGCGUAUUCCAAUUUUGGGCUCACUCUAAAUUGGAACAAAAAAAGGGAAGCUUCAUGGAAGGGGCCUCUUUCACAAAUUUAGCGAUUGACUUUGCAGUUGAUUUGUAUGCUUGAUUGCACAUCAUGAUCAAUGCAAUCAAUCAUAAAAAUCAGAUCAAUGUUUGAUUGCAAUGCUUUGUGUAACAAGGUCCCUUGCAAUUAAUAAGAAACCUAGUUGAGAACCACUGAUCGUAAUGCAAUCCAAUUAUAGUCAACUUAGCUAUAUUAGAGUGUUGCACAAACACUUGAAAAUUAAUUUCAGUAGUUUGUGAAUCACCCUCUUAUGGAGUUAAACAAUUAGUUUCUUUAUAGUUUUGUCGUACAUGCAAAAGACGAGUGUUGCAUUUGACAGUUAUUUCAAUAUAUGGUUUCAUUCGAGAAGUUGGUGGUUAUUAGUGCACAUCUGAACAAUGAUUUAAUCUUAAUGUACUAUUUUAAAACCUGACAGUACAUACCCAUAUAGUAUUAGAAACAGAAUUGCUGAAGGUAAUACAAAUUCAUGCGUAAAUCUAUGUGAAGUUUCGAAUAGACAAGUCUGGGUCCCGUAACGCAAAGGUUAGAAAUUACUCAUAUGCUUGAUUUUGACUAGUGAUUGUACAUUGUAGUCAAUGUAAUCGAUUGUGAAAAAAUGUUCUACGAUGAUUGCUAAGAUUUGGGUUACUGGCUGUUAAUAUCUUGUAUCUCAAGAUUAACAAAUUUUGAGGAGAACUUCAAAAAAGCUUGAGUUCAGAGUUCUGAUAUAAUAGGUCGCAACCUGCUGUAACAUAGAGCUCUAGUGAUAGAUUGUGGGACUAAUGUUUAAGAUUGAUCGUAAAUCAAAGUAAUCAAUUUUAGGAAUCUGCCCCCUGAUCAAUCUCUAGGCUUUAUAUUAUAAUCACUCGCACACUUGAAAGCAAACCAAUUAUAUUGCACAAUGAAGUGGUCCGUACGGCUGCAUAGAAACUUUGUUAGUACUAACAGUUAUUAGGCCCAGUCACAUUUUUUGGAAUGUGAUGUCAAACCUUGAUCCAAGAUGGAAAAAUAAGGCGUUGUUGUGACAUUAGGCAUUGCUGCAACAUCACUAGUUGUAACAGGGGCCUCUGUUAUUGCAUUGUUGGGACUAUCAUUUUUUUUGUACGGCCGAUAAUGGUUAUGGAGAAAAAAGUAUUGGGCAUUAACACUUAACAGUAAUAUUGUAAUCAUCUUAGGAAAUUGAAAGUAUAGGAUUCUGGUUCUUUGUAGUUCUUGAAAUUAUUUGUACAGAUCCCUAAACCCAUUUUUGUAAGUCCGGUGGCCGUUUCUUAAAGCUUUUCGCAAGUUACGGAGGACUUUAUGAACAACUGAUGACCCUUGUGCUAUGUAGCUGACUUAUCACGUGGAACGUGUUCCAGUCGUGCGUAAAAUUUUGCAUGACUUUAAGAACAGCUUUAUGAAAGACCACCCAGUUGUAUGCUACAUAUAUAAAUGCAUGUUCAUUUUAACAUUUUGUAUUUUGUCUUCACUAUUUACAUGUUGAUUUUGAAAGGCAAUCCGAAAAUUGGAAAUUACCGGUAAUCAUUUUGUGUGAUAGAUACCUAUUAAGAAUGGAUAUACAUUUGGUGAAAGUCUGGAAUCUGACACAAUUAGAUGAAAAUUAUUGAAAAAUCAGGGAUUCACCAACUCAACUCAAUUCUCAAUAGGCAUUUUUACAGUGGAUGUGACAUGUUCAUUCCCUAGAAAAUAGAAAUGUUCAAAAUUUCCUGAAGUUUGCAAUUUCGUUUAAAGUUUUCUUUUCUCUUGUGAUUCACUAUUCAAAAUGCAUUAAUUGGCAGUUUAAAGACAACAUUUUCAUGAGUCGUAAAUUUUAAACAUUGCCUUUGGAACAGAGUGGUCCCUGUAAUGGAUUCAAUUGUCUAUGGCCUGAUUUCUGAAGUCUAGUUUAACUUGGGCCAUGGUCUAACUAUGUCUUAAAAUCAAAAGAGAUUACAAGUUAAAUAACAUCAAGAGUGUCUGUCCUCUUGGAAUGGCAGUGAGUUGCAAUAGAUGUGGAUUUUUGUAAAAGUUCUGAAAUAUGUAUUUAUUCUUCUAUUUCAAGUGAUAUGUCAUUUUCUCAAAUGUUUUCUUUUCUAUUAAAAUUAAGGUUUUAAAAUAUUUUAUUUAGAAUAUUUUUCAAUUAUUGUCAUAACAAAUUGGAAUAGCAAACAACCACAGAAAAUACUCAUUGUCAGAUACUGCACCUCCAGUGCCAUGUUAUUUGUAAAGAACCCCAGUACUUUGAUUUUCUAGAUUGAAAAAAAAAAGGAUAGAAAGAAAGUUCUUCCCCCAUUUGUUUGUAAUAAAGGUCACAUUGUACAAAACAUGACAUUAAUACUGGAAAUACAUAGCACUAGGCAUCCAGUUAAUCCCUGUAGUAAAAAAGAAGUCAGAUUUAAUAAAAUGUCCACUAAGUGGCUAGUAUUUCAAAUAGUGUUUGUUACGAGACAGCAAAGGUAUUGAAAUUCUGAAGUGUUCUUUUGUCACCAAAAAGAAAAAAUAAUUUCUCAUGUUUAAACCAGUCUACAUAACCUUAUCGGUGAACAAGAUUAUCUUUUUACUUACAUGAAUAUCAAGAUGUGGGGCAAUGCUCCGGAUUGUAAUUAUUUGCAUGUUGGCAGGGUUUGUUGUUGAGGUUAAUAUGUCAUCGAAAUGAUUAGUUUAGAUAGGAAUUACAUGUCUUUGUGUCCCCGCAGUUCUGUAUCAGCUCAUGUUAUGGGCCCGGUCUCACGAAGCAUAGCAAUUGAACUUUUACAAAUGAUUGCUCAUGUCGGUCAAUGUAAUCGAUUGUUGAGCUCAACCCUCUAAUCAAUGCUAUGCUUCGUGUUACAGGUCUUAACAAAGAGUAAGACGACCACAAUUAUGGAAAGCCAGCAACAUCAACAUCUAAAAUGCACAUUUGUUCAAAAUAUUUCUGGAUAUGAUUUAUAUUCAUAUAUUCAUUGUUUCCUUGGAAAUUCAGUGUGCUUCUCUUUCUUUACAAAGGACAUUACAUGUGCAAAUUUCCUGUAGAAAAAAAAUGGCAUUGACGGGUUUCCAUAUUGUCGAGGUCGAUCGGAUCAAUAGGAACUCUUUGUAAGACGGCCCAGGGGGACUUAAGAUGUUCAUUAAUGAUAUAUUCAUACAGAUACGAUUACUUAUUUUGUGGCUCAGCUACCCCUUGUGUGUAGUCCUAUUCAUAAUUUCUAGUGUAUUUUGUAAUGCAAGUACCACCGUGUAGUGUGUGGUAUUUGAAGUGCAUGAUUGAAGAAUAUUGGUCCAUAAUACGAGCUGAACAGCUGGCUAUGGGGUUGAUUGUAACAUUCAAUACAUUGAUCCUAAUGUGCAGUCAAUUACAAAAGUCAGUCGUAGGAUCGUUCACCAGGCUUUGUGUUAAUGGGGCCUUAGUGUACAUGGAGCUCACUCCUGUGCAAUUGACGAUCUGGGUUGUAUUGGAUAUACUUUGAAUAAUGGAGAGAAAAAUCAGAAUAAAUAGCCCUAUUUUUCCCUACUUUGUGCUUCAAAAUCAUUCUUUAUACCAAUGUUUUCAUGUGAAAAUGCAGAAAGCAAACUAUUUUUCAUAUGCUGUACAUUGAGAUAAUUUCCAGUAGAUUUGUAAAUAAGAUGCGGAAAGAGAGCCAAAUUUAAAAACUUCUAUAUGGGAAAUGCUCUUAAUGAGAGAAAAAUCUAGUUGUAAACUCAAUAAUUAUGUAUAUGUUCACAGUGUAUAUAUAUUUUGCCUGUAUGUAAAGAAAAUGUGUUAUAAACAUCAAGUUGAAAUGAAAUUGGAUUUAGAUCCGGUCAUCUAUCAAGAGGACUUGUUCUGGGUUGGAAAUAAAUGUUUCAAAACUCAAAAAAGAACAUUCAA